CAGCUUCAGGCCGAGAAUUGUUAGUUGCUACAUAAAAUCUUGAUAUGUUGUCUUAAGGGCAAAAACAACGAAACCUCUUUUCAUGGACAUCCAGCUGAGGCUUUUAGAGUUUUGAUCUGAAGAAAAGAGGUUUCGUUGUUAAUCAUGUCUGGGUCGAGUAUGUAUAAGACGAAGCUUUGUAUUCUGUUCAACAAGACUGGUGAUUGCUCUAGGCCGAAUUGUUCUUUUGCUCAUGGAAAUGCUGAGCUUCGUCGUCCUGGAGAAUCUUCUUUUACAGGCAGACGUCACAAUAUGGAUAGUGACUUAAGAGAUAGACUUGGUAGACAGUUUUCUCCAGAGCGGAGACCAUCUUUAGACAGAAGUGGAAGACGGGUACAAAGGUUUAGUGGACAUGACAAUCCUAGGCCAUUUGAGAACCGAAGAGAUAACGAGUACAGGGAGAACCGUAGAUUUGAUGAACGACGUAAUUAUGCUGGUGGUUUGAAAGUUGGGAAUAGAAUUGAAGACAGGGCAGAAGAUGGAAGAAAUAAGUUUCAGGGUUACAAUAAUGUUCUGAAGGAGCAGUUAAAAGACGUAGAGAUGGAUGUUAAGAUGCUUACUGAUGACAAACUACGAUUGGAGGCUUCCGUUGAAAGGAAGGCACAUGAAGUAGACAUUUUAAGUUCUAAGAUCCAUGAGCUUGAGACUCAGUUGGAUAGAGAGAAACAGGAAUGUAGGAGGAUUACUUCAAACACAAAGAAAUUUGUGAAAGAAUACAACCGUUUCUUGCGGGCACAAGAUGAUCUAAAGAGGUCAGAAGCCCGUCUUCAGAAAUUGGGAAACCAACUUAGUACAUAUCUUGCUGGAAGUGAAGGAAAUAAUAGGGAUGCAGGCGUGGAUAUUGUGACUGAUGACGAGAAUAAUGGUCGGAAUUUGAGAACUGCUUGUGAUCCACAGAAUGAGCUGCAGAAUACUUCUUCACUGUCCAGGAAAAAGCAUUAUGUGGAUCAAUAUACUACGAAAGAACCUGUUGAAGAUGGCUUGAUAGGAAGAGGUGAAGAAGAGAAGGUGGAGAAGGAGAAGAAGAGACCUUGUUGGAAUAUGGUUUCUUCAAAAUCAUAUUCUGAAGAAGAAAGUGGAGCGUGGAACGAUGAAGACACAAUUAACAAGUCCUCGUCAAAGGAAGACAACUGGAAAAGAAGAAGAUUGUCUAUUGGCACCUCAUCUACUGAUAAGGUAAUAUCGUCUACGAGCAUGGCAGCUCGAGAAUUUGAUGAUGAUGCAGAAUCUGAGGAAGAGAAUCCCGAAGCAGCCAAAGUCUCUCCUCUCAUAUCUCUUCCUCCACCCCCACCUUUCAGAGAUGCCCAUGUUCAGGGAGACGAGGAUGAUGUAAACGUUGAUGUGAUGGAACAGAAGAAAGCCAAUGACGAUGAUUCCUUCUGAUCAUAAUAACCGCAAAACUUUGAA